GUCCAUCAUAUGCAGCUUUACGCAUUUCCUUCUUUUUAGUUACUCUUCUCGGCCUAUCCACCAUGAGAAUUAUCGCGACAUUUCAAAUUGAACCAUUGACCUCCUCUAUGUUGUUCAAGAAGAAAAGGCUGACCAACGAACGAAGUACAUUAAUCACCUAGGUACCUCACGUAUAGGUAGAUUAGGUAUUAAGCUCCGAGCCAUAUCGCGAACCCAACGUUAAUUCCGGGUGAUAAGUCGCCCACUAGCCCCCAUAACGGUAAUCUGUUGAUGGUCAUAGCUCUUAGGAGCUUGCACCUAGACAACCAAUGCUCCGACGCUCCAUCGCAAUAAUCGCACAUUAAACAUACAAACCUUCAACUUUAUCCUCAAGACGUCGCAAUCCUCCUAAUUCCUCAAACUUCGCUUUACUCUCACUUUUUUACUCGUCUUGCUCAAUCGGCUUUCACAUUUCUCCCUUUCAAAUUGAAGGCCACUCUAAUCAGUUUCGAAUUGCCCCUUUUUCCAAGCAAUUGUUCACUCUACCAAGUACACGACGUUCCAGGUUCCCCCCCAUACAUUAAUCGCAUUGUUUGAUUCCAAGCAUUGCGUUGCUUGCGCAGCCCGCGGCUACUUAGCUGCCACUGCCUCCUGAGUUACAGCCACGACUUUUGUAGUCGCUGCACUUCGUAUUUCAAAUUGUAUUUAUACAAUUCAUAAAAAUCGAAGUCGGAAGUGCAAUAAUUCAACUACAAAAUGGGUUCUGAGGCUAUCGCAAGCCACUACCAGGUGCUUGAGGAACUUGGCCGUGGUAGUUUUGGUGUGGUUUAUAAAGGCAUUGAAAUUGCAACAGGGGAAGUCGUUGCCAUCAAGCAUAUUGAUCUUGAGUCCACCGAAGAUGAUAUUCAAGACAUUCAAGCCGAGAUCUCAGUUCUCAGCACCUGCGCCAGUCCUUACGUUACCCAAUACAAAGCUAGUUUCUUGAGGGGUAGUAAGUUAUGGAUUGUUAUGGAGUACCUCGGUGGUGGAUCGUGUCUUGAUCUGCUUAAACCCGAGCCGUCCUCUUUCAGCGAGACGCACAUUGCUAUCAUAUGUCGCGAAUUACUUCGUGGCCUCGAAUACCUCCACGCCGAAGGCAAGAUCCACCGAGAUAUUAAGGCUGCAAACAUCCUUCUCUCGGAUACAGGCAAGGUUAAGCUAGCCGACUUUGGAGUGGCAGCUCAACUCACGAACAUGAAGUCACAACGUAACACCUUCGUCGGUACGCCCUUCUGGAUGGCACCUGAAGUAAUUCAACAAGCCGGCUACGACUUCAAGGCCGAUAUCUGGUCUCUGGGAAUCACCGCCAUUGAGUUGGCCUUCGGUGAACCUCCUCACUCCAAUCUUCAUCCUAUGAAGGCAUUGUUCCAUAUUCCCAAGAGUGCCCCACCCAAGCUGGAGGGCAACUUCUCGAAAGACUUCAGGGACUUCGUCUCGCAGUGCCUCAUGAAGGACCCGGACCGAAGACCCUCAGCUAAGGACAUGCUUAAGCACCGUUUCGUUAGGUCUUCGGCGAAGGUGGAGGCAUUGCAGGAAUUGAUUGAGCGACGACGCAAGUACGACGCUACUCGAACAAAGAAGAAGAGCCGGUCGUUUUAUCAGGAGACCAUGAGAGAUCUCUCUCCUAAGGACGAGGGAGAUGAGUGGGUCUUCGACACUGUCAGAUCGGUUGCACCUAGAAGGCCAACUGUUAAGUCAAGAAAGCCAUCCUCAAUCUUUUCUACAGAGGAAGCAUUACGCAGAAUGGACAUCAAAGAUGCUCCGCUUCAACCGUCUUCUCCGGCCCCGGUUACUAUGCGCAAGGCUACUAUGCGAAGACAGCAUUCUCUAGCUCAAAUGUCAAGUAACGGUUCUUCGCGUGCCCCGCCCGCACCAGCACUACGACGGCCACUUCAACCAGAUAUGUCGUUUGGUAAUUCAGGCUCAUCCCAGCGCCUCUUUAGAAGAGUACCCUCCGACGGUUCUACGUCCGGUCAAGUCUCAUCUCUCAACUCGAGCGAUAUACCCGCAGAUGAGAAUAAGCAUCCCAACACAACCGAAGCGACGAACAAGGAAGCAAUCCUCGGACGUCGUCUUUACUCCAAGGCAGUUGAGCCCACCCUCGCAGAGCUCCACGCCCAGACAUCGAGUAUGGCAAAGCGCGACGCUCUCGGCAAGUUAUCCGACGCACUCGCACUACUCAAUUCCGUUGAUCCCGAGGGCGCUUACCACCUCUUACGCAACUUAAACUCCAACAUCCAACACGACGCCAAGCUAUCGAAUGCGUUCCUAAAGCAGCCUAAUGAUUCCAUCAAAGGAUAUGACACCACGCCUCAAGGCACAGUGAUUAUUAAGAGCCAGACACCAAGCAACCAGAACCCGACUCCCGCGAAGCUCGUCCUAGCGUCUAACAACCCGCACUUGAAGAGCCACAGACGGCGACAGUCGAGUGUUGCCAGUAACGGAAGUCCCGGAAAGUCUAGUCAGCGAGACCGGGACCGCGAACGCGAUCUCGAGAAGGCUGCGUUGCGAGCUAAGUUCCCCGGUCAGCCGGCUCAGCCCGGAAUGGAACACUGCAAGCAACUCUCCGAUGUGCUGUUCGGUCGAUGGGUCGAUGGGCUGCGGCAGCGCUGGCCUAAUGCUUAGGUAACCCCUCAUAGGUUCCUAGGGAAACUGGGACCUAUGAGCCGAAAUGGCAUCGUGCAGCAAUGAAUUAAGUUAAUGUGUAGGAUAACGAGACAGGGCUUCCAGAAACGCGAUCACAAGUGGGAGCUGCUAUAUACAGGGUUUGUACGAUGAAGGCUACGUACGGGUCGUCACAGUAUGAUUCACAUUUUUCAGACGCCGGGGAUGGGGAUGGAGAUCUAACACGAAGUUACGAUCUCUUUCCGCAUCUGGAUCUACUUUCUCUUUUUCGCUUUUAAAGGGAGGUAGAUAAUUUUUGCAUGGCAUAGGUGUUUGAGCUUCUUGUAUGGAUGGAUGGAUCGAUUGUAUUUCUGCUUUUUGCUGCGUUUUUUUUCCUGGCUGGACUGGAUGGGGGAUCAAUGAAUGGAGGGUUGGAUGGGAGGUUGGUUGGUUGGAUACAUAGUCAGGUACUCAGAAUACCAACCUAAUUUUUCACAAACUGGAGGCUUGACCUAGAAUUUGAUGAGUACCUAGGUAGGUAAUUAUCACGAUAGUCACUUGUUUUGGAGCUCAUUAGGUACAU